AGGAGUUCAGAGACGGGAGUCCUGCUCCCAGCUCAGAGGCAGAUGGACUAUUGGCCUGAGUGAGUUGCUGGCCUUCUCCAAGGCUCGGUUUGCUUCUUUCUGCAGAGGCGCAGUUGGGCGAGUGAACCCCAAGGCCGCCAUCGACCCCCAAAGACGCUUGACCUGCCUCGGCUGAAAGAAAGACCCCUGCUGAAGGAGGUGGACUUCUAACUGAGUGACCAAAGGAUUUCGGACCCCAGGACCCGUGUGCACAGUCCUUUGCCAGACGUCCCGGUGCCGCGGCGACCCAGGUGGAGAACCAUGGAAGGUGACUGUCUGAGCUGCAUGAAGUACCUGAUGUUCGUCUUCAAUUUCUUCAUAUUUCUGGGCGGAGUCUGCCUGCUGGGUGUCGGCAUCUGGGUCAUGGUGGACCCCACCGGCUUCCGGGAGAUCGUGGCCACCAACCCCCUGCUCAUCACGGGCACCUACAUCCUCCUGGCCAUGGGAGGCCUGCUUUUUCUGCUCGGCUUCCUGGGCUGCUGCGGGGCCGUGCGCGAGAACAAGUGUCUGCUGCUGUUUUUCUUCCUGUUCAUCCUGCUCAUCUUCCUGGCGGAGCUCUCGGCAGCCAUCCUGGCCUUCCUCUUCAGAGAAAAUCUCACUCGUGAAUUUUUCACAAAAGAACUCACCAAGCACUACCAGGGCAGCAAUGACACAGACGUCUUCUCAGCCACCUGGAACUCGGUCAUGAUCACAUUCGGUUGCUGUGGGGUCAACGGGCCUGAAGACUUUGAGUUCGCGUCUGUGUUUCGACUUCUGACUUUGGACAGUGAGGAGGUCCCGGAGGCCUGCUGCCGGAGGGACCCCCAGACUCGGGACGGGCUCCUGCUGAGCAGGGAGGAUUGCCUCCUGGGGAGGGACCUGUUCCUGAACAAGCAGGGCUGUUACACGGUGAUCCUCAACACCUUUGAAACCUACGUCUACCUGGCCGGAGCGCUCACCAUCGGGGUGCUGGCCAUUGAGCUGUUCGCCAUGAUCUUUGCCAUGUGCCUCUUCCGGGGCAUCCAGUAGAGAUGGACUGGCCUCCAACACUGCCCAGGACCCACGCCCUCCGCUCCCCGUGCUCCUGCCGUCCUGGCCCCAGGAGGAGAGGGGCAAGGAUGGAGAUAGCUAUUUUUUUAACAAAACAAAAUGAAGACAGAAACAUGGACUGACGGACCUCACCCCCACCCCACCUGAACUCUGUUUGGGGGCUUCCAAGGGCCCCAGCGCCUGAGACCAGAGGGGCACCGCCCCAGGGCCCCUCCUGGGCCUGCAAGAUGUAGUUGGCCUCCGUCCUCGAAGCCUCAGGAACGGAGCCAACAGCGUUUGGUCAGCCAGACGCAACAGCAGAGCUCUGAGAGAUGUCUUCAGAGCCCAUGUCCCCAGGGAGAGGAGUGCCACCAUGUCCUUGAGGAGCCAGAACCGACAGGAAGGUUCCUGGCCUUUCUGCUGGGGUACAGAGGGGCUGUGCACGCAGGCUCCAAGAAUGUUCCAGCUGCCAGACACCUUGCUUCUCUUGUCGGACCAAGUGACCUCAAAGGCCCAGAGAGGGGCAGCAACUGGGCAUCGUCACACAGCACAUGCGUGACAGUUCCAAACUAGACCUGUCACUCCUUCAAGGGCUCUGUUGGUCCCAGCAGGUCUACUGGCCACACCCGUCCCUGUCCCCAGCAUCCUGGUGGAGGGCGGAGCAGGCUGACCUGGAAGCACCUCCUCCUGGCUCUAUAGCAGAGACAAUUCUGGACUACCCACCCCGCCGGGUGCUCUUUCCCUCCUGCCUCUUUAAGCCCCCACAUGCGCACAAGUCACAGUCCGUUUCUACAGUUCCCACCCCUUCCCUUACCUGUUAUCCACUCCCUCCCUGGCUCCUGAGGCUGGAAGAAGCCCCAAGACCAUGCACCGGAGUUCUCUGCCAAGACUCCUCCACCAUCUGCUUCCACACCUCUAGGGAUGGAGAGCUCACUACCUCCCCAGGCAACACUCCCCCCCCGCCCCCCGCCUUUGGACCACCCACUGUAGCGCCAGCUCAGUACAUGGAAGAAGCUUCUGGUUGUCUGUGGUUCUCUCGUGGAGUCUCACAUAUGCCUUGCUUGUUCACCUUUGUGGCAGGAGCAUUAAGGUCAGCCAUUGGCUCCCCCGCAGCCCUCAUCUCCAGCCUGAAGGCCCCCCAAUUCUAUUCCCCACCACAAUUUCCAUCGCCGGCUGUGAGAUCGCUCAUCAAUGUAAAACGAAUAGCUGUGGGUGCUACGUUCCUUCGCUAUGCCUGUGUUCACACCCACGUAGCAUGAGUUACACACACACAGGUGUAAGCUGGUGUUGGCACCUGGAUUUCAUGGGCCCCUCGAUCCCGAUUACUCAGGAAUGUUUGCUGGGUGCUGUGCCAAGGAUACUAAGGUCUGGGCUCGGUGGAACAAGGUGCCGCAACCCCUUUUAUUAAUGCCUGCCAGACAAGCUAAGCUUGAUUAGGGGUGCCUGCCAGGCCUGGUCAGUUUGACUAGUGAUGUCUGCCUGGGAGUAUAAACUUGAUUAGUGAUGCCUGUCACUGGUGUGGCAAUGGCAGGACAGGUUAGGAUCCUUGCACUCUCCACACUGCUACAAGCCUGUUCUGGCUCCUGUCUCCCAGGAUCCUGUGCCACUUUCCAACUCCCCUCAUAGAUUCCAGACAUAGAGCAGGGUCAGAGCUAAAGCCUAGUGAGUAUUCCCGUCUGCCACACACUCUUCUUCUGAGAAGCAGCCAGCAGCCCUGUGCCAGCUAUAAAGAUGCACAUGGCCACUUCCCACCUUUUCCCAUGCCCUGCUGCCCCCACCAGUAUUCCCCCUCUCGCUUUCCAAGUGGAGUUUUCACAAUCUGUCCCUGUAGUACAGUGCCCUGGUGACUUGUCCUCUGAGCUCCCUAGAGAACAGAUGUCCCAGGGAGCCAGGAAGAGCCACACUGGUAUUCCAUCUCCAUCCUGGAGCAGUGGAAGCCAUUGUGUUCCACAUUUUGAUUAGUGAUGUCUGCCAUGGGGGUGGAACUAGGAGCAGCAGCACUGUACCAACUUCUAUCACCACCUUCUCAUCCCAAAGGGCUUUCCUUAGAGCUGCCAAGGGACUAUGAGCCAGGCGCAUCUCUUCUGCCCCGGCCACAUUUCUCUGGUAGCUCCCAGGCCAAGGCCAUUCAUCUCCGCUAAACUCACCAUUGAGUGGAUUCCAACUCAAAGUGACCCCGUAGGACACAGAACUGUCCCCUUGAUGGUGGGUUCGAACGGCUGACCUUUUAACUCACUGUAGUGGGCUUUAACCUUGAUGCUCAGACCUCAUCAGGCACUAGUCUCUCUAGAGCACAAGACCACCAGGCCUCAGGCCAAGCGGAUCCAGGUGCAGCCCAUGGUGGGGCCUUGGUAGCAGCUGAUGGCGAAGGGUAUGUGAUGGCUUCACUCCCCCCACCCCCAAGAAUUAUCCCACAAUUGAGACACCUUCUGACCCGAACAGAGUCAAGGACCAGGACUACCUGGCAGUUGUCAUCACACUCCCCACGCUCUACUGAGAACCACUUUCCUGUUUUGAAGCCAGUGAAUCUUAGGUAAGGGACGAUCCAUCCCAAGAGCAGGGUGGGCACAAGUCCCCACAACCAGCCCAGGUCCUGGUGCGCUAUUUCCAGAAGCUUCCUUCUCCCUUCCCUGAGUCUUGUCAAAGGUCUAUUUUGAUAUCUGUAUAUGGUUCUUGCAGUAGAUAGUUAAUUUAUCAUGUCUCUUCCACCACCACCCAAGUCCUCCCCCUUUUUAUAUUCUAUCAAGAAGAGUCGUCGUCAUAUAAAAAAGGACACCCACACGGAUGGUUUUACACUG